UCGCCAGACAAUAUAUCUACUCAUCUCUCUCAGCUCUCGCCGGAGUAGAAGACCCACACAGAUCAGCAUCAUGAAGAGCUUCGCCGUGUUGUUCGUUGUCGCGUUGGCCGCCGCAGCCUCCGCCCAGAGUAUCGACGAGUGCCUCCAGCAGGACAGCAUCAGCUGCGUGCAGAAGAGCCUCUACCGCAAGGCCAAGGAGUUCUUCGACAAGGACAGCUUCGAGCUCGUCACCGGCGUCUCGCUCGUCAAGGCCAAGUCCGACAGGAGCUCCCGCAGUGGCAAGGACCUCGUCUACGAGCAGGAGAUCGACCAGGCCCCCAGUGUCGCCGAGAGGCAGAGCGCCCUGGAGAACUUUGUCGGCGAGGAAGUCAGCGAUUUCUUCAGCGGACGCAGCUUGAGGAUCAACUUCUCGCCGGCUCUGGAGAAAAUCGGCGAGUCCGCUCGUGCCCUCAGCGAGUCUGUGCCCACCGAAGUACGUGAAGCCGUCAACGAAGUCGUUGAAGGCCGAGGCAAGAAGAAAAUCCUGAAGAAGAUCCUGCCCCUCCUGGCCCUCGCCAAGGUCAAGCUCGGCGCCCUGGCUGCCCUGAAAUUCUUCUUCAUCGCCCUCAUCGCCAAGAAGGCCAUCCUCGCCUCCCUCAUCUCGAUCGCCAUCUCCGCCUUCAUCGGCCUUAAGGCUCUCUAUGCCAAGCACAGCCAGGGCGGACACGGACACGACACCACCGGCUACAGCUCGGGAUGGAGCUCCGGUGCCAGCGCUGGAUGGGCCGCCCCAGCUGCCUCCAGCGGAUGGUCGUCCGGCGGUAGCUCCGGCGGAUGGGAUGAUGGUCACUCCGCCCAGAGCCAGGCUUACUCCGGAUACCACAAAUAAGUUCUGGACGUAUUAUAUGCCGUAAUACUCCCUAGCGUAUAUUGAGACGAAUGAUUGAGAGAGAAUUUUUCUAAUUACCGAUAACGAUCCUUCCGAGCGUGGUCUUCUCCGAAGCGGCGUCGGUCGCUGAAUCGAUUUCUGUCCUCGUGGGAAAUUGGCGUAGAGAUCGGCCGUGCGCGCACACAUCUGGCCUGGUUCGCGAGGAAUCCGUGAAAUUCCAUGGUCGAAAGAGUCCGUUUUACGUUCGAUGGAGAGUGAAAUUAAACCGGUUAAUAUGGGACUGAUAUGGUACACAUUCAUAUCUGCCGCCUCGUACUUUCACGUGGAACCUGAAUAUGGUCCCACAACAAGAGUUUAAUUUUCUCCUCGCGCACGCUAAUACGAACUGUUUUGACUGCCGCAACGGCAGAUUUCUCGGUGUUAAACACACUCAAAAGCACGCCAGCAAUAACUAUAUCGGGAUGUAUUAUAUUGUCGAGAAAUAGACGGCGUGACUCGCGAUCGAACCAACGUCUAUCCUAUGCUAAUUUUCAGUGGAGACCAGUUAGAUGCUACGACUGGUUCUUUCUGUUGAAAAUUCGUAAUUAGGUCACGCGUUGGAGAUGAAUGACUCACGCGGGUGUCACGACUCUAUUGACGAUAAAUCGGAUGCGCGAUCGGUAUCUCGCUUCGUAUUACAUCUCGGGUGUGUAGACGGGACGCCUCGAAUGCCGAAUUAGUAACAAUACGAUCGCUGUGUCAAAUCGGUAUCGAGAGGAUUUACGAAUGUAAAUUUUAUUCGAGGCCUUUCUUUUGACACGCGUUGAGAUUCCACGCGGGGCAUCGAUCGAUCGAUCGGCCGACCCAGUGACGAGAAGACGACAUCGGAGGAUCGACAUGACGGAGAGAGCGAAAAUAUUUAUUAUUAUUAAUAUUAUAUUAUUAUUAUUAUUAUUAUUAUUAUUAUUAUUUAUCGGCGAGGCGCCAAGCCGAGCCGUAUCUCCAUGUACAUAUUUAUAACGAUCGCUCGCACAAAGCUCCAUAAUGUUAUUAUACGAUAAUUAUUUAUGAAACAAAUCCUUGUUUUCUCAUCUAAUUUAUCCGAGUCCACUGUUGAACUUUGAACACUUAUACGACGUCGAGUAGUUUUUUUCUAUGUUAUUUUGUACGAUUUUUUUUACAUAGCGGAUUUGAUGAAUCAAAACCGAGAGGCUAGUCGUUCGUUACCUUUGUCAUACACACGCAAUAUGUCAAA